GAAAAACGCUCGCAAGUCGAACUCGAGGCUAAUUCUCCGAGCCUGUCACAUCUCCAAGCUCCCACGUUUCCAAGGUUAUUAACUAUUAUUAAACUUCAGCCUCCGAUGGAAAUAUGGACGCAGGGAAGCGGAGGGAGGCAGGACGAGAGAACUUCCCAUCCCAUACCUAGGUAACUUCCAGGGUCACAGGAAUUCGAAAAUUCCAUCCAAAUCUUUUUGACUUCGGUUCCUCCGUCCCAGGCCUUAUCGAUCCCCGAACAGCUCAACUGAACGAUAGAUAUAUAUACAACAAUCCCUUUCAAGAAGAUUUUGGGGGAUGACCGUGCUCGCCAGAACCAUCACCAAUAAUAAUAAUUAUUAAUAUUAAUGAGGUGUCGUCGUUAAAUCCAUCCUAGCCGCGCCACGUAGAGGGCCUUGGCUCGUCUUUUGUGGCUAGCAGCAGUUUAGGCUUCGAGCUAACAUCACAAAGCGUCUAGGAUUCCGACAGAUGAUUCGUGGAGUGAGCCCUUAACGGGGUCUAAUCCUGCAUUUCCCCGUGGGUUGUCGGAUGGCCUUCGAACGAUCUCAGUUAAAAAGCCGAUCCAUGAGCUGACGCAGUAGUUACAGCGUAAGAUCUUGAGAAGUCCAACACACGCCGUGAAAUUCUUCCUAAAAAAAUCGUGGGUGAUGGGAGCUCUCUCCGCGAUUUAGCAUCGCGAAAGACCCAGGAGUUUAACUACUCGCCUAAACUCAACCAGUACCGUGGCUAUCGUGAUGACAAGCGACGUGGUGGGUUUCUCCUGCGAUCACCGACAGCGCUUCUUGGGCUUCGGCCAGCCAAACGCCGCGCGCGAUGGAGAAAAAUAAGAGGCGCGUGCCUCCUGAUAAACGGAAACGCACCGAGAUAAGCUGCGAUAAGUGCAAAUCGAGGAAGCAAAAGUGCGACAGAGUUCGAGGUCAACCAGCUUGUCGCUAUUGCCAAAUAAACGGAAUCGUGUGCAGCACCAACCACCCGCGCAAGCAGCGGAUAUAUGGCAGCGAUGAGACCCUUCGCAACAGACUCGCCCUUCUAGAAUCUCUAGUCAAAGGCCUUGUGCCGGAAGCCAACCUAUCCAGCAAUGAUGAGAUAGUGAAAUUGGGCAAAUCUCUGGACAUCUCGCUCCCUAAUCAUGAUGAGGCCGUUGCAGACGCGGAAGAGGAGAAGAAGCCGACGAAGCCCGCCAAUACACAGGAGGAUGAAUGUGCCGUUUCACUGUUUCCAGAUCAGCAGGGUCAAAUCCAAUACAUUGGGCCGUCCAGCUCAUUUGAACUCCAUCGCAAAUUGCGGAUGCUGCUGGGAAGCUAUGUUAACUUCGAGUUUACAAUGUUCGGCCGCAACGCCGCUGACCAUCCCAGCACAUCCGAGGCCAGCGCUCAUCAAACGGGCAGUGGGAAGGAUCUGCGAGGAAUUAGGGAGCUGCACAAUGUGCCCAGCGAUUGUAUCUCUCUCUCACAUCUUCUGAGGAAUAAUGAUGUGUCUAUCCUGGACCCGCUAGUAGACGCUUACUUCGAUAUAAUACACUUUGACUUCCCAGUGCUACACGAAGGCUCGUUUCGCGAGGCGUACGAAAUAUGGUCUGUGACAGCUUCGACUACAGAUCCUGCCUGGCUUUGCACCUUGCUAUGUGUCCUUAUUCUAUCUUGCCGCGGCGGCCCCAUUACCGUGUCAGAAGAGGUAGAGCGGAGAUGGUGGCGAUACGUUCAAGCACUGCUCCCAGCUGUGCUCUUUACGACAAAUCUUUCCACGAUCCAAGCCCUCAUGCUAUCGGCUUUACAUUUACACAAUACAAACCAUCGAGAUGCUUGUUGGAAUCUCACCGGAACAGCAAUUCGUGUCGCCUUUGCCAUCGGACUACAUCGCGACGUCAAACACCUACAAGGCCCCCUACGAAGGGAGCUCGGGAAGCAACUCUGGUGGACCUUGUAUGCAUUUGAGCUAAUGCAGGUCUCAUCGUACGAUCGCCCCAGCGCCAUCGGGGAUGUGACGACGCCGACCAGCCAUCCAAAUGAAAGGAUUAUAGGCUUUGCCGGCCAUUACCCUCAGGACUUUAUGAAAUGGUCACAGCAGCUAGUGUUGCUUUUGGCGUCAACGUGCAAAGCGUUGAAUCAAGCGGGGACGGGAAUCAUGUCGGGUGAGGACGCAUACAGAAGGCCGCUGUCGCCGGAAGCUGGUAUUCUACGGGACCUUAACCAGUGGAAAGAAAACCUGCCUCCUCACUUGCGUCUCGAGGUUACUGAUUCGCUGGCCCCGUCCUCUCAAAGGCCCGUACUUCUACUUCACGCGCAGUUUAACUAUGUAGUAGUUUUAAUCUCCAAGCCAGCGUUGCUGCGCAGGGCAAUGGGCUUAUCCAAAGCCGCCAACGAGCAGCUGCCGCAGAGCCUAUACACAGUAUCGGAAACAUGCGUUGAAUCCGCGCGGGCCUUGGGCGCAAUUCUACUCAAGUUGGAAGCGUAUAAUCAGUUCAAUGCGCUGACUUGGUGGGACGUGUUUUAUACCUUAAUGUCUGCAAUGACCCUGGUCCUGGACAUUCUCUGCCAUGUCAAUCGCCAUGCGGGGUCGCGAGAUUUAUCUGGCUCUCAAGUUCUUCUUCGAGAACUUGCAGGUCUAAUGUCGAGGCAACUCCAUAACCCAAGACUUCCAGGCACGAUGCGGACAUGGGCGGUGGUGGUGGUUGAACUCCAAUCGAUGACAGAGCAAUAUGGAUCGAUACCCCAGUCUAUCGUCUGCUCAAGUAAAGCUUCGGGAGACUGGCAUAUAUCAGGCACGGGAAACCCGUAUUCAUUUCCGAUAAAUCUAAUUGGGACCAGUCCGAUUGAGCCCAUCACAUCGAAUGAUUUCAACUUCACGUAUUCUCCGAUGGUCGCCGGGAUGGACAACAAGACGUGGACGGCUAUCUUGCGCAAUAAAUAAUCUUAAUAGUUCCCUUUUCGAAAAGGAACCCGCAAUAUCAACCCGUUGUAUGAGACACGUCACUCUGUACCCCGCACCGCACGUUGUUGCGGAUGUAUGCAUCCGCAAAUUCAAAAGACGAACCGCAACCAGCAUUAAUCAUAUGGAAAAGUUUGGGGGUUGGUGUAUUAACGUCAAGGUCAUAUCCGGACAAAGUUCUUUUAUACAUUUGUGCACUGGGAUCCCGCUUCCAUAUAUUCUGCAUGCUGAGAUAUCUAGGAAGGCCCUUAAGUAAACAGCACUAGCCUGCUAUAGGUAACCAUGUGCUUGUGCUUUCUCUCCUCCUGCAUUCCCGUGGCCGGAACCUAUCAGAGUGGACGCCUUGUAGGCGCGAACCGCGAAUUUAACCGAAACUGUUAAUCGGCUUUCUGUUGAAAUGAAAAUCAUUUCCCAAUGCGAGCACCAUGCGAAUAGGUUGACUACACUGCUCCAGAGGAAUCUCUGAAGUGGUGAGAGGGGGUUCUCCGUACAGCAGCGGGAGGUUGGCUGGUUUGUCAGUGGAGCAUUGAGGAGUUCCGCAUAGCCAUUGACACAGGACAGCGGGCAGGAUAACAUCGACACCUACGGCGCAGGAAUGGACUCGUAUAUUAUCACCCGUCACCAAUAGAUGUGGGGCGUGUUUGGCUGGUUGCGGAAUUUCUUAUCGUAUCGCGAGGUUGCCAGCAACCCACAACAUGAAAUUCGCAGCAACAAGCUAGAUUCUUCUCUCAAGCAGGAGCGAGUUGGUAAUUGUACAGUACAAGCAGCGGCGGAACUCGAAGGAGAGGGAUCUGGGUAGCUGGCCAUUGUAUAUAGUGCUAUGCGAAUAGGUUAGAAAUUAGCUCAAGCGCCGAGUUGCUUUGUUCUAUAUCAAAUUGAUGACUGUCUUCCUUCAACGCCUGGCUAGCCCAGAACUUACUUGAGGAUACCCCCGUAAGAUACAAAAACAUAGGGGUACGUGAUUAGUUGUUCCAAGGAUUUUCAACCUCUUGAGGGAUCGGACAGUUUAAACAAAUAAAUAUAUAUCGAGAGUCUCGCUAGAAGGCCAUAAAUAAACACCACUGUGCAUCCACGAUGCAUGUCGUGUCUCCUCGAUUUCACGCUAAUAAUAAUGAUAAUGACAAUGAUAAUAAGAAUAAUAAAAGUGCAAGCAGCUCCAUCAUGGGCACCGUCG